AGCCCGGACCGCAGUCGGUCAAUGGUAGGCCCAGCCGUCAAGAACGAGUGGAGAAAUGUUUAAGCAGGACGUGAGUUACCUUAAAAAGAGACCCAGACUCCUAAAAGGUAAGUGUUGCCAUGGAGGAAGAAGCAGAGUCUCCUCAUAGCACGCCUGGUGGUUGCCCUCCUCGAUUGCUUCAGCAAUUGCAAAUUCCCAACCUAGUGGAAAAUCAGAACGCCGACAGUCUAGCGGCAGAGGCUGAUGAAAUGGAGGUAAGGGGUUCAGGAGGAAGGCUCCCUCGACACUACGACGGAGCAUGACAAAGAGAAUGACAGCUUCGACCUGGUAUCAAAGCCGAGAGAAGCAGGGGGCGGGAUCAGUUUCCCCAAUGAACGUCCUAGCCGCCCAACAUGAUUUCCUUGUCACCCUCAAGCUCAAGGGCAAGAAUCCGUCCAUUGCUUUUAUCAUUAAUUCGAAGCUCAACGAGGACCAAAUGAGGAAGUUUCUGUAUAAAAUUCCUGGCAGACAGCCGAUCCCCAACCUCCACCUCUCGGGAACCUAGGCACGUGUAAUAGCUCCGCCGGAUCCUCAAGAAGUGGAACGCCUUAACUGGUAGCCUAAUGCAUGUUAGAAUCGCACUGACUAGUUUUAGUUACCUAGCGGUAGGUGCAUACCUGCAUACGAAUUUUCGCACGAGGAAGGAACAGCUGAUUGCUUCAAGCAACUUCUUUUCUCAGUGAUCUUUUCCUGUAAUUUGUAUGGGCGACUUCCAUGCAGUUCUUAGCAGCAGGGGAAAACAGGGAGAUCCCCUGCCCUACAUGCUUUGCAUGGCUCUGUCUAAUUUUGCAGAUCGAUCUCGGCCGAUUGAGGAUUUCAAUCUGGAAGUGCUUCUCACAUGGAGCAAUAACCGCGUUGGUCAUGGGAAUGUUAUGACCAGUCCAUUAACAAGACUCACAUAGUUAUCAUUUAGAUUUCUAUAGUACAAGGUCCGAUACAGUUUAACAAGAAUUUUUUGUUUUUUCAUUUGUUUCAUUUUUUUUUAGUUUUUUUAUUUUUUAUUUGUUACGAAUUUACUUGUCAAAGUUGGAUUUGAUACGCUAGAAAUUGACAAAAUCCUUCUAAUAGAUCCAGACCAACCUCAAACUGAUGCAAUCGAAGGGUUGGCCCAGGUGAACAGGAUCAAUGUUAUUCAUGAAAAGCUAAGCCAAUAUUAGAUCCUUUCGUAUCUGAAUUUUAAAUUGUAAUCAAUUCUCGUUUGGGCAUUUACCGUUCAUUACUUGCAAAUAAAUCUUUAUUUUCAGAUUCAUGUUAAUUAAAUUUUGUUUCCAUUACGCCAAAUCCAAUUAAGUCACCAGACUGCAAAUCUGAAAAUUAUUUUCCUAAAACGUGUGUAAACCCUAAUAUGUCACGAUGCCCUCAUUCUUCCGCAAGGUUUUCUCCCUGCUCUCCAUUAUUUCUCCAACCGUGAAGUUCCUUGACCACCAUCACCAGCCUGCGGCAGCGUUCGGUGACGUCCGGCGGUUUCCAGCCACCGGUGAGUCCGUCCACCCGGAAAAUCAAAGAAUUUGGGUAGUUUGAAAAACCCACCGGUGACGCUGCGGGAGAUAGGGCUUAAAAGAGAAGAUAGUGAAGAGGGCUUCGGAUCUUCUCUCUGCUUCCGGGUGCCGAUGAAUAGCGCCAAGCGGUGCACCACACAGCAGACGCGGCAGCUGCUGUGAAGAGUCGGCCGUUUCAGGGGAAGUAGACGCGGAGAGAAGCAACGGAAUCGUCUCCGGAAAUUUAUUUCCACCCCCGAAGCUACGGUGGAUUUCCUGGCUAGCAAAAAAUGAUCAGUUUGAGGUUUCCCCCACUCCCAUACCGAUGACUCGCGGGCUCUCCCUCCCUCUGCUUCAUCUCUGCUCUCGAUAUUGUCAUUGCCGCUCUGGGAAGUUUGUAGUUGCCAAUUUUUUGUUUUUCUCCGAGUGGACGCCCCUUUAGUGGAGAAAGAAGCCUCAGGGCUCAGGAGCCACCUUUUCCCAGUCUGUUGGCAUGGGGAAGCCCUCUCCCUCCAUCGGUGACUAUGCAGACGCUGUCUACAAGCUGCAGCUCGCUCUCCUUGACGGGAUCGCCGACGAGAAGAAGCUUCUCCUCUCCGGGUCCCUUCUCUCUCGCAGCGACUACGAAGACGUCGUUACUGAGCGAACAAUCGUCAACAUCUGUGGGUACCCUCUCUGCGACAAUACUCUGCCGUCGGACCGGCCCAAGAAGGGGCGCUACCGCAUCUCUUUGAGGGAGCACAGGGUUUAUGAUCUCAGGGAGACGUUUCUAUACUGUUCUCCCGGUUGCCUUCUCAAGAGUCGGGCUUUUGCCGAGACCCUGAACGCUGAGCGGUGCACCGACUUGGACCACGAUAAGAUCUCACGGGUGUUGAGUGCGUUUAGUGAGGGCGGCGGCUCCGUGACGGUAGAGAAAGACGAUGGACUAGGAUUUCCAGAACUGAAAAUUCUGGAGAGGUUGGAUUUGAACGAAAAGGGAAAGGUUCCUCCGGGAGAGUGCGUUGGUCCUUCUGAUGCGAUUGAGGGUUAUGUUCCUCAGAAGGACUGGAAUAGGUCUUUGAAAUCAUCCCUCUUGAAGAAGGCAAGUGAAGGGGCCAAGAAUGAGAUGACAACGGGUAGCAGCCAAAAAAGGGAUAAAAAGAAUGCUUCUGCAAAUUUACAGUAUUCAAAGGGGAACUCUGACAAAUUCAAUAGUGAUGUAACCAUUGGGAAGGAGUGCAGUGAUGAUCAGAGUCUAUCUAUCACUUCUAGUUGUGUCAUAAGUCCUGGCGAUGUUGGUGUCAGUGGGAAAGAGAAUCAGACUAUAGAAAGGAAAAUAGACCCCAAAAAAACUAAGUUAAAAUCUUGCUUGAAGUCACCAAGGGUAAAGCGUUCAACUUCUAAAGUUAAAUGGGCUGAUGAAGCUGGUGAUAAGAAUGAGGUCCCUCUGUCUAGUGACACAGUUUCUUGUUCACAAAGCAUCAACUCUGUGAAUGCAAUCUUAAACUUUCAUGAUGGAGAGGUUGAAACUACUCAUGGAAGCUGUGAGGGAGCAGAUGGUCCUAUGGGGGAUGACAUCGAGUGCUCUUUCCGUCUUGCAUCAGCAAAAGUGUGUGCUGCAGCCUUAAGCGAGGCAGCGGAAGCUAUUGCUUCUGGAAAAUAUGAUGACAACGACCCUGCUUCCAAAGCUGGAAUUAUCAUUAUUCCUCCUGAUCAUGACAUCAAUGAGGCAGACCUCAAGAAAGUUACAGAGGAGACAUUACCCGCUCAUAAUCAGUCAACGUCACUAAAGAUAUCAUCAUUGAGUUCUGAUAUAUUUGACCCUGAUAACUCUUGGUUUGAUUCACCACCAGAAGGGUUCAGUUUGACGUUGUCUUCAUUUGCAACUAUGUGGAUGGCACUCUUUGGAUGGAUAACAGCAUCUUCAUUGGUGUACAUAUAUGGAAGAGACGAGAGUGCAGUGGAUGAUUUCUUGCUUGUCAAUGGGAGGGAAUAUCCACGGAAGAUUGUUAUUGGUGAUGGCUUGUCUUCUGAGAUCAAGCAAACACUGGCUGGUUGCCUCUCACGUGCUUUACCAAGUCUUAUAGCAAGUCUUAGGGUGGCAACACCUAUUUCUACUCUGGAGCAAGCUAUGGGUCGUCUGUUGGAUACCAUGUCUUUUUUUGAUCCAGUGCCAUCUUUCAGAACGAAACAAUGGCAUGUAAUUGUUCUUCUGUUCUUGGACGCUCUAUCGGUGCACAGAGUUCCGUCCCUUACAGCAUGCAUGGCAAGCCGGACAAUGUUGGCUCACAAGGUUCUGGAUGGUGCCCAAGUAAGCAUCGAGGAGUAUGAUGUCAUGAAAGAUCUCAUCCUUCCAUUGGGACGUGAUCCUGGAUUCUCUGCCCAAAGUGGUGGUUAACGUAUUUUUAAUUUAGCUUUGUCAUUCUUAGACGUUAUCGUGCUCAUUUGAUGAAUCAUUAGCCGUUGAAAGUGCUGGAAAGGUCUGUGGUUGUGUAAGGAUUGAUGACGACAAGCAAACCACCCUUGCAGCGGUUGUGCACAGGAACCACCAGUCCGCAAGUUCCGGUGAUACUUUGCGUGUUUUGACAUGGUAUUGCGGAUACUUGCUCUUUGCUGUGAAGCGAUUUCACUUCCUGAAUUGAAGCAUAGGGGGAGCAACCUCCAAAAAAAGGGCUACCCUUAAUCAGAGUUUGUGUAAGAUAUACUUGUAUGUCAGCCUGGGCAGUGAACAAUUGUUCCCCUUUAAGCUUUUACUGCGUGUAAUUUGCUACA